UCUUCAACGUACUCUAUUUUGCAGAAAACAGCUAUUCACAUACAAAUAAAUAUUUUUUUCCAACAUUUUAAAAUACCGAAAAUUACAUAACAUUUUAAAAAUACACCAAUAAAUCCAUUUAUUAUUUGACAAAAAUGGCGGACAUUAAUAACAAUUCUACCAAAGAUCUGACUGAAUGUAUAUCUAUUUCAAAAAAUAAAGCUAUUAUAAAAUCAGUUGAUAUGAACGAGGAUAUGAAGAUAGAUGCAAUUGACUGUGCAAUCUCCGCUAUAAAAAAAUAUAACGUCGAAAAAGACAUAGCAGCAUAUAUAAAAAAUGAGUUUGAUAAAAAAUUUGGAACAACAUGGCACUGUAUUGUAGGAAGAAACUUUGGAAGUUAUGUCACACAUGAAACAAAACAUUUUAUAUAUUUCUAUUUAGGACAAAUUGCUUUCCUUCUUUUUAAAUCUGGUUAAUCAUAAAAUAAUGCAAAUAAAUGUCAUUUUUGAUAGAUUUGUAUAUUGUUUUGUUCCUUUAUUAAAAUAAAAUAUUUUUGAAUACUUCAAAUAACUCCCG